GCGACCGAGACGUGAGAACCAGGCAGACCGCGCGCUCUACUCUUAUAAAACACCCAGCUUAAACAAUGUAACAUACCAAACGUAAGUUUAUUUUUUAUUAAGUUGUGCGUUCAUAUCAGGGUGGAUAGCCUAAUGCCCAUGUCCAAAAAUCAAGCUGUAAACUCACAGGUGCGCUUGCGAGGAUGUUUCUCCUGAGGAUAUUCUUUGCCAUAUCCCUUAUAACUUUACUUCUGUUUAUUUUUGUAACAUUGUACAAUGGAAACUGCUCUCUGAAGGCAUAUUCGCGAAAAUAUGAUUUCUUAUGGGUGGAGGAAGGCAAUGUCGCAGAUUGUGUGAAGAGAGUUGAGGUGCCUGACCCAACCAACAGUUCAGCUGUGACUGACACGGGAGCAAACACUACAGCGAGCCCCGAUCCUCUUGGGACUCAAUCAACCCUUGUACCAGUUAUGAACAAGCACAACUUUACUUCUCUGCCCCAGUGGAGAUUUGAUGAUAUGUAUCGGUUGGAUCCACAGUUUAAACCGAGUAAAUGCAUGGCUUCCUUGCGAAAUUCCUCUAAUCCUGUGUUUAAGGAGAAGUUUAUUCCAAACAUUCAGCUGUUUUUACAAAGUGAUCAUCUCAACUUGAGUGAGUGGAACCAACUUUAUCACUUCAAUAACCCUUUUGGCUACAUGGGACUAAAUUACACAGCCAUAAAAGCAGCUGUUGACACCAUCCCUAAACUUGCAUCUACCCAGUUGCUAGAAGUACCCACAAGAGCGAAGGAUGGCUGUAUUUGCUGUGCUGUUGUUGGGACUGGCGGCGUUCUCAAUGGCUCCGGGCUAGGAAAGGAGAUUGACUCUUCUGAUUAUGUGUUCAGGGUAAAUGCAGCCAUUAUAGCAGGCCAUGAGGAGGAUGUUGGGAAAAGGACAUCUGUUUAUGUGCACACAGCACAUUCUUUAAUCCAGUCCCUCAUGGUACACAAAAAGAGAGGUUUCAAACGGAUUCCUACUGACAAGAACAUUAAAUAUGUUCUAAUCCCUGAGGGUCCAAGAGACUACAACUUUCUUGAGUCCCUUAUGAAGAAUAGAAAAAUACCAUCAGGAGCAUAUCGUGGACGAACGCCAAGAAAUUAUUACGGCGGCCACUUUAAUGAAAGUUCUUACUACAUCGUCCAUCCAGACUUUCUCAGAUAUGUGCGUAACAGGUUUCUUAUGGCAAAACAAUUGAAAACAAAAAGAUGGUGGCUGGUCAGGCCAACUAAUGGAGCAUUUACUCUUAUGCUGGCUAUGCACACAUGUGACAUUGUGAGAGCCUAUGGUUUUAGUACUGCUGACUAUUGGAAAUAUCCAAACUACUACUAUGACACCAAACAUACUAAACUAGCGUUUUAUGCUAAUCAUGAUUAUCGUUUGGAGAUGAGAACCUGGAAGAAAUUUCAUGAUGACAAAUUUAUCUGGAUGUAUUUGGGAAAAUCUGUUAAUUAAAUGAAUCUGGGUUUCUUUGAAAUGACCCAAAUAAUUGAAAUGUGGUUGAGUCAGUGUUUUUUCACAAUCGUUGUCACAAUUAAUAAAUUGUUGCAAAUGUGUUUUUUA